UCUGAUGCACAACACCCUCCCCCGAGAUACCAAAUAAGCCGCGUAGUGAGUGAAGCUCGCACUAGCCCGGACGGCUCUAGCUUCGCUCUGCUGUGUGUUACGCGCGAGCAGGAGAGAGAUGACAAGAGCUUCGCGAGGCUGGACAUUCAAACAUGGAGCUUUUUAAAACGCAAAUUUCGGUACUUUGGAUAUUAUUGCUGAAUGGAAACAAGGGCUGUCACUCUGAAGAAGUGGUCCUGCUGAACUCUAAAGAAACUCAGGCAGAGCUCGGUUGGACGUCGUACCCCUCCAAUGGCUGGGAGGAGAUCAGUGGCGUGGAUGAGAAGUACAAGCCCAUCAGGACCUACCAGGUGUGUAACGUGAUGGAGCCGGCGUUGCAGAACAACUGGCUGCAGACGGGCUGGGUGGCGCGGCGCGGCGGCCAGCGCAUCUUCGUGGAGCUGCAGUUCACGCURCGCGACUGCAACAGCAUCCCGGGCGUGGCGGGCACCUGCAAGGAGACCUUCAACCUGCUCUACGUGGAGUCGGACAAAGACCUGGGCCGGGUGACCCGCGAGGARCGCUACACCAAGAUYGACACCAUCGCCGCCGACGAGAGCUUCACGCARGGCGACCUGGGCGAGAGGAAGAUGAAGCUCAACACGGAGGUGCGGGAGAUCGGACACCUGAACCGGAAAGGGUUCCACUUGGCGUUCCAGGACGUGGGGGCGUGCGUGGCCUUGGUGGCGGUGCGGGUGUACUACAAGCGCUGCCUGGCCACGGUGCAGAACCUGGCUGUGUUUUCUGAUACGGUUGCGGAGGCAGCGUUCGCCACACUCGUGGAAGUCAGGGGAGCCUGUGUCAACAACUCUGAGGUGGACUCGGACAGCCCUCCCAGGAUGCACUGCAGCGCCGAGGGGGAGUGGCUGGUGCCCAUCGGGAAGUGCAGCUGUUCAGCGGGUUACGAGGAGGGUCACAGCAGCUGUGAAGCGUGUCCCCCUGGCUCGUAUAAGAUGUCAUCCAGACAGCAGGAGUGCUUUCCGUGCCCGGCCAACAGUGUGGCUGAGGAGGAAGGAUCGGUGGUGUGUGUGUGUGAGGAGGAUCACUUCAGGACCCCCCUGGACAACCCCUCCGCCCCCUGCACCCGCCCCCCCUCUCCUCCCAAAGACUUGGUCUACACCCUCAAGCAGUCCACCAUGAUCCUGGAGUGGAGCGCGCCAACGGACACGGGCGGCAGGGGGGACCUGACCUACAGCGUGGGCUGCCGACGGUGCGUGGGGCUUCAGUGUGAGCCGUGCGGGGCCAGCGUGGGCUUCAUGCCCCAGCAGAGCGGGUUGACCGAGCGCGCGGUCACCGUGGUCAACCUCAUGGCCAACUCCAACUACACGUUGACGGUCGAGGCCCUCAACGGCGUGUCAGAGCUCCUGCCCAACAAGAGGUUCUACACACAGGUCAACGUGUCAACUAGCGUGCCAGCGCCCUCUCUGGUGAGUGAGUUGCGUGCGGAGAAGAUUGAGCAGCGCAGCCUCACCCUGAUGUGGAGGGAGCCUAGCUACCCCAACAGCAGCAGCACCGAGUACGAGAUCAAGUACUACGAAAAGGAACAGAAGGACAAGAGCUACUCAACGGUCAAGACGGCCGCCACCCGCAUCAGCGUCAACAACCUCAAGCCUGGCACCACCUACGUCUUCCUCAUUCGCCCUUUCUCCACCCCGGCCCCCUCCUCCCUCCUCUCCGCCGCAGCGUCCUCCUCUUCCUCCUCCCCCUCUCCCAUCGACUACGGAGGCUACAGCGCUCCCCUGGAGCUGCAGACGCUUGGCGAACUGGCGCUGGCGUCCAGUGAGCAGAACCCAGUAAUCAUCAUCGUGGUGGUGUCUGUGGCCGCCCUCAUCAUGCUACUCUCUAUGGGAGUGGGCCUGCUCCUCUGGAGAAGACAGUGUAGAUACAGCAAGGCCAGUCAAGAGGGAGACGAAGAGCUCUACUUCCAAUUUAAGAUCCCGACCCGGAGGACCUACAUAGACCCAGAGACAUGUGAGGACCUGGUGCAGGCUGUCCUCGCCUUUGCCAAAGAGCUCGACAACUCCAGCAUCAAGAUAGAGAGAAUCGUGCACACAGCGAGUAGCAUGUCCAACGGGCCCCUGGACUCCUUCCUCAGGAAGCACGAGGGCCAGCUCUCUGUGCUCCAGCUGAUGGACAUGCUGGGGGGCGUGGCCUCUGGGAUGAAGUACCUGACAGAGAUGGGCUUCGUCCACCGCCGCCUGGCCGCCCACAAGGUACUGGUCAACGCCAGCCUGGGCUGCAAGGUGUCCGGCUUCAGACCCCUCCAAGAGGACAAGAUGGAGGCCAUCUACAGCGCAAUGCAUGGGGGGAAGAGUGUGGUGUUGUGGACAGCCCCAGAGGCCAUCCAGUACCACCGCUACAGCUCAGCGUCUGACGUCUGGAGCUUUGGCAUCGUCAUGUGGGAGGUCAUGUCCUACGGAGAGAGACCCUACUGGGACAUGGGCAACCAGGACGUGAUCAAAGCGAUAGAGGAUGGCUUCCGCCUGCCCGCCCCUAUGAACUGUCCACCCCACCUCCACCAGCUGAUGUUGGACUGUUGGCAGAAGGAGCGGACCGAGAGACCCACCUUCAGCCAGAUCCACUCUGCUCUCAGCAAGAGCAUCCGCAGCCCRGACGGCAUCGGCUCCUCCACUCUGUCACGCAGAACCCUCCCUCAGCUAGGAACCCUCCCUCUGGGCUCCUCCAUCUCCCUGAUCUCUCUCUCUCUCUCUUCUUCUAUCUCUCUCAGCAAGAGCAUCCGCAGCCCCGACGGCAUCGGCUCCUCCACUCUGUCACGCAGAACCCUCCCUCAGCUAGGAACCCUCCCUCUGGGCUCCUCCAUCUCCCUGGCAGAGCGGACUCUUCCGUCGUUCCCCUCGUUUAACUCGGUAGGGGAGUGGUUGGAUGCGGUGGACAUGGGGCGCUACAAGGACAACUUCACCGCGGCAGGAUACUGCUACCUGGAGUCUGUGGCCCGUAUGACAGUCCAAGAUGUGUUGAGUCUAGGCGUCACCUCUCUGGAGCACCAGAAACAGAUCCUGUCUGCCAUCCAGACCCUUAGAGCCCAGGUCAUCCAGAUGCACGGCAGAGGGGUGCAGGUCUGACCGACACACACACACACACAUAGACACAUACACACACGUGCAGACGGACGGACGAGCGGAUGGAUAGAAGGAUUUUCAGAGAGUAGAGACUCGUCGCUCAUCCAGAUGGACGAAAUGAAGUGGAUAGUGAGAUGGGCAGAGAAAUCGCCCACACUGCACCCACCCACUCUUUCCCCUUCUCUCUCCCCCGUCUUGCCCCUCCUCCCUCUCUUAAGUCCUUGGGAAGGAGGCAUCUUCCAGUCAUGUGAUCAACGUACUCUGUCGGAAGUCACAUGACUUCUUUCUGCACGCUGACCCGAAUCAACUAGAUCUCCUCUCUWACAACUGGCCCUGGAUCAGUAGUUAAAUAGACUUAAAACUACCCUGAUGGAGAAGUACUGUCCAUCUCAAAUGUCUGGCACUCUGCCACUGGUCUCAGAACAUGGGGUAAUAACAUUUCCUUGAUGGAGAAGAACAGUCCCCUCAAGUGAUACUCUACUGAACCACUGAUCUCGAAACUGAGGUUAAAACCACCSUGGUUGAGAAGUACUGUUCAUCUAACAGGGCUGGCCCACUACCACUGGUCUCAMAACAGUGGGAUAAGGUACCAAUGGAGGAAGUGCUGUCUGUCGAACAGGGUUGACAUUGUAAAUCUGGUCUCAGUUCAGUGGUUAAAACCCUCCUAUCCCGGUUGCUGAAGUGUGAUCAAGUGACAGGUUCUCACAGUGUGGGCGGAGCCCAGGCKGUGUCUUGUCUUGGCCCGACCAAUCAUGAGGCUGGGAAAAACGUACCUUCAGGAAAAAACGACUGAUUUAAAAACAACUAGGAAUUUGUGUAAAUCAAAACAAUGGAUUUACGUGUGUUUGAUUGUUCAUUCCUAUUUCGUCUGUUACGCAAUUUAUCUUUUUUCUAGCAUUUUUCCAUUAACUGUCUCUGCUCUCCCUGUGUUUUCUCAGUGUGUGGAAUGGCUAAUGUCCCUUAGCCGGGAUGUCAGUGGUGUGUCAUGUAGCGUCUCGCUAAUAUAUUUCUCCCGUCUAAAAAGCAUUUUCACUACAAGGGUAUAUUGCACUGUUAAGAAUAAAGGUCAAGUCUCAAGCUGACAUACAGUAUAUAUUAUAUGUAUUCAUUUUUAUUUAUGCAUUUACAGUUUACAGACUCUCACACAACCUCCUGAUUCAAAGAGGUUACGAGGGUCAAAAUAGACAUACUUGAUUGAAUAAAUAAUAAAUUACAUUCUGUGUUUAAGGAUGCUGCAAAGCACAUGUCCUCUGGUUUCAGUGUAAAUCAUGAAAUAUUGUAUUUUUUUUUUACAGUUCGAGGGAUUCUGUUACUGAAUAAUGGUGUCCUGUACUGAACAAGGUAUUAUGAAGAGGACUUACACUAUAGUAUGUUGACUGUUUUCUUCUCAUAGUCAGGGGUAUUGAAUCAUUUUGAUACUGGUACCAAAUCACCACUAGUUGAUAGAGGACUUCUACAUUUUGAGUCCAGUAUCGCUGGAUGUAUGGUACCAAUGUGUUGCAUUAUAGAAACAGUAUUGCAGUAUUUCAGAAUGUCGUAGAGUGAUCUCAUUUAUUUAUUUUAUAUAUAUUUUUGGGGGGGACAGCAAUUCAAGCUGACAUAGGGCCCACAACCCCCCACUGUGCAUCUACAAGCCCCUCCCAUUUGUCAGUAUUAUGUAUUUUACAAAAACGGUAACAUUUAAUCGUAGUUAACAUGUUUUGGGGAAUUAUUUGAUUUCUAUCAUACUCAUGUAGCUAGCUACACAGUAGACGUUUUACUGGUUCCGUUUGGUUCGUAGAUGGGUUAUUGUAAUAGUGAGGUAUCUGGUAUGAAAGGACUACCAGUGUAUGUCCUCCUCUCUUCCCUACAUACUCUAUCUCCUUGUAGCUGUUUUGCCUUAACAUUACUGUAUAUAAACCCAAAAUAUACUCCGAGGCUGCGUUUACAAAGGCACAAUUCUGAUAUUCUGCCCAAUUAUUGUAGAAAGAGCUAAUCUGAUUGGUCGAAAGACCAAGAAGUGGAGAAAGAUCAGAAUUGGGCUGCCUGUGUAAACGCAGCCCUAUAGACUCACACACAUGCACAUAUUUAGAAAGUCUCACCACCCCUGUAUACGCAGACACCAAAAUAGACCUUUCGCUAGCGACUUAACUCAGUUGUUGUCCCCCCCACCCCCUGUUUACUACUCGACGAUUACAAAAUGUUUAAUACUGUAAAUAUGUAUUUGAAAAUGCAAUCUAUUUUUAUAAUUUCUUUGAAGAACAAUGUGUUGAAAAUAUCUGCUCACUGUGUAGGGGUUUUAUUGUUUAAAUGUAGGGCCGUUGCCAAUGAACGUGUGUGUUUGGAAUAUUAAAACAUAUUUUCUUUGUUUAGUUUUUGGAUGAUUUUUACCUGUUAGAAAAACAGAUGGCUGUUGCAAUAUUGAAAUGUGUUAUAAAAAAAAAAA